AUGGCCACCGGCUUGCGCCGACACGUCGCCGGCCGUGGCCAGAAGCUGCGUGCGAUUCGCGCCCUGUCGCAGCCAGGAUGCUGCGCACACACCCAUUCGGCUGCGUGGACGAGAAGCUAUUCCGCCCAGGGCGACGACCCUAGACUGCGAGAGAUACACGACGAAUAUGCCACCAUCAGAGAAUGCUACGCUACCCCGCGGGAUCCGGUCGUGCUCGCGCACGGCCUGAUGGGCUUCGCCGAGGUCCGGGUCGCCGGGGGAUUCCUCCCGACGAUCCAGUACUGGCGGGGAAUCGCGGACGCGCUGAAGGCGAACGGCGUCAAGGUCAUUACGGUCACGGUGCCACCGUGCGGUAGCAUCGAGCAGCGAGCUGAAGAGCUCGCGCGCGGCAUCGCUGCCGCCGCGCCAGGCCAGCGCGUCAACGUCGUUGCCCACAGCAUGGGCGGGCUUGACGCCCGGUAUAUGAUAUCGCGGCUGCGUCCGCCCGACGUCAACGUCGGUUCGCUCGUCACCAUCGCGUCGCCGCACCGCGGGAGCGCCUUCGCCGACUACGUCUUCGACGAGAUCGGGGUUGAGCGGCUGCCCGGCAUCUACCGCUUCGUCGAGCGGCUCGGCAUGGACACGGGCGCCUUCGAGCAACUGACCCGCGCGUACAUGACCCAAGAGUUCAACCCCCGGACGCCCGACCACCCGGACGUCCACUACUUCUCGUACGGCGCCAUGAUGGACCGGCCGUCGCUGUUCUCUCCGUUCCGCCGCUCGCACAGGAUCAUCGGCGAGGCCGAGGGCCCCAACGACGGCCUCGUCAGCGUCGAGAGCUCGAUAUGGGGCACUUAUAUGGGAACCCUAUUUGGCGUCAGCCACUUAGACCUCAUCAACUGGACAAACCGCCUCGGGUGGAUAUUGCGCAAGUGGAUGGGACAGGGGCCAACCUUCAACGCCAUCGCAUUCUACCUCGAUAUCACCGACAGGCUUGCCCAAAAGGGCUUCUAG